AUGUCGUUUUCGUUCUUCAAGCCGUCGCGGCCCAAGACGCCGCAGGAGGUGGUGAGAGCGAUCAAGGAUAGCCUCAACGCUCUCGAUACCGAAACCGUCGUCGAUGUUAAAGCCCUCGAAAAGGCAUCGGAAGAAGUCGAGAAGAAUUUUGUGACUUUGAAAUAUAUGCUCCAAGGGGAUGCAGAGGUUGAACCGAACAUGGAACAAGUUUCGCAGCUAGCCAUUGAGAUAUGCAAGGAGGAUGUGCUUACUCUUAUGGUUCACGAGUUACUCAAUUUAGGAUGGGCAGCAAGAAAGGAUUUAGUCCACUGUUGGUCAAUAUUGUUGAAGCAUAAGGUUGAGUCGACUCAUAGCUGCGUGGAGUAUAUUGAGAAUCAUUUGGAGUUAUUAGAUUUUCUUGUUGUAAGCUAUGAUAGCAAAGAAAUUGCCUUGAAUUGUGGACAGAUGUUAAGGGAAUGCAUCAAAUUUCCAACACUUGCAAAAUACAUACUAGAGUCAGCAUGCUUUGAGUUGUUCUUCAAAUUUGUGGAGUUGCCUAACUUCGACGUUGCUUCUGAUGCCUUCUCCACUUUCAAGGAUUUGCUUAGUAAACAUGAUACAAUAGUUGCAGAAUAUCUUACUGCACACUAUGCUGAGUUCUUUGAUCUGUAUGACAAACUUCUCACAUCCCCUAAUUACGUGACAAGAAGGCAAUCAGUGAAGCUUCUCUCUGAGUUCCUUUUCGAGCCUCCAAAUUCCAGCAUAAUGAAGCGCUUUAUUCUCGAAGUUCACUACCUAAAAGUCAUGAUGACAUUGCUUAAGGACUCGAGUAAAACCAUCCAGAUUUAUGCUUUCCACAUUUUCAAGGUCUUUGUUGCUAACCCUAACAAGCCACAAGAAGUGAAAAGGAUCUUGGCCAGAAAUCAUGAAAAGCUGGUGGAAUUGCUCAUAGACCUCACAGUUGGGAAAGGUUCAGAGGACGAACAGUUCGAAGAGGAAAAGGAAAUGAUCAUCAAGGAAAUUGUAAGACUAUCUCGCGUGCCUAAUCUUCUGAACGGUUAG